GACAGCCGUAUUUCUGGAGGUUAUGAAAAUGUCCCAACUGAUGAUAUUCAUAUGAAGCAAAUUGGACUGGAUAAUGAAUGGCUGCAUUUCAUAAGAGAGUUCAUUGCACCAGUAACACUAAAAGUGUUUGCUGGUUAUUAUACCAAGGGGUAUGCUUUAUUGAAUUUUGUUGUAAAAUAUAGCCCUGACAGACAACGGUCGCUCAGACCUCAUCAUGACUCCUCUACAUUCACAAUCAACAUUGCUCUCAACAAAGUAGGAGAGGACUUUCAAGGAGGUGGAUGCAAAUUUCUUAGGUACAACUGUUCCAUUGAGUCUCCCAGGAAAGGAUGGAGUUUCAUGCACCCAGGAAGACUUACUCAUCUACAUGAAGGGCUUCCUAUCUUGAAUGGCACAAGAUACAUUGCAGUAUCAUUUAUUGAUCCUUAAUUUUAUUUUAUUUUUUGUUCUCUUCAACAGCAGUGUUUGAUUCUUUACAUAAACGUUUAUUUAUAGAUUUCUUCUGGAAGACAGUGAUAAAAAACUUUUAAGUUACUGUUCCUAGACAGCGAAGUUACUUUGGGC